GGAGGAGCUGAGCUAGUGUGAGAAAGCGCCUCGUUGUUAUUCUGAUCACAGGCUCCUCUGAUUCACAGACUUGGAGCCGAUCGUGAAUAUAAGAGAAGACUUUUGACGUCAGAGUAGAGAGAUAUCAGCAGACCCAAAGGGGGAAAAAUAUUAAGAGCAACUCGGUUGGCAGAGACCUGCCAGCGUUAUUAGCCAUGUAAACCAGAGAAGGAAGCCUUAAUUCCGAGGACUGAGAAGGAUUUAGCAGGGAGGACGACUGACCAAAGAAUUGGAGACCAAGUGAUGCUCGGUCACCCUACAGCAGCCGCAGCAGCAGCCAUGGAAGAGCACUUGCUGAUGCAGCAGCAAAGUCUGGAGCAGCAGCAGCAGCAGCAGCAGGAGCAACUCUUAACGCUCCUCAACGCCUCCUCCCGGCCCUUCGCCAGCCUCUGGCCGCCGUCGGUCGCCUCUGCCACCGCGGGGAGCCCUCCGGCGUCAGGAGACAGCGGGGAUGUGGCCGCGGCGGCCGUGGCGGUCAACCCGUGGGACAUCGUGCUGUGCGCCACGGGCACCACGAUGGCCUGCGAGAAUGCCUUGGUGCUGGCGGUGCUCUUCUACACUCCCGGUCUGCGCGCACCCACAUUCCUGCUCAUCGGCAGCCUGGCCCUAGCCGACCUGCUGGCCGGCCUGGGGCUCAUCGUCAACUUCAGCGUGCAGUACCUGCUGUCCUCGCCAAGCGAGACUGCCCUGCUGAGCGCCGCCGGCCUGCUGAUUACUGCCUUCUCCGCCUCGGUGUGCAGCCUACUAGCUAUCACCGUCGAUCGCUACCUGUCGCUCUACAACGCGCUGACUUAUCACUCCGAGCGCACGCUGACCUUCACGGCCGCUAUGCUGCUGCUUGUCUGGCUGUUCUGCCUGGGCGUCGGACUCCUGCCCCUGCUAGGCUGGAACUGCCUGCGGGAGCGCAGCACCUGCAGUGUCCUCCGGCCCGUUACCAAGAAUAACGCCACUGUGCUGGCCGUCGCUUUCCUGCUCAUUUUCGCGCUGAUGGUGCACCUCUACCUGCAGAUCUGCAAGAUCGCCUUCCGGCACGCCCAGCAGAUCGCCAUCCAGCACCAGUUCAUCGCCACCUCUCAGGCCACCUCCACCCGCAAGGGGAUCGCCACGCUCUCGGUCAUCUUGGGCACCUUCGCCCUCUGCUGGAUCCCGUUGGCCAUCUAUUCCCUGGUGGCGGACUCCAGCUACCCAGCCGUCUACACCUAUUCUCUGGCCCUGCCGGCAGCGUUCAACUCGCUCAUCAACCCCAUCAUUUAUGCCUUCAGAAAUCCGGACAUCCAGAAAUCCCUCUGGGUGGCCUGCUGCGGGUGCAUCACCUCCGGCUUCUCCUCUCGGCCCAGGACAUCCAGCGACGUAUGACAAGGGUCUAUGGUUGCCUUUAUGGUUUUGGAAUCUUAGUUUCUCUCUCUCUCUUCUUUCUUUCUUUCUUUCUUUCUUUCUUUCUUUCUUUCUUUCUUUCUCUCUCUCUCUCUCUCUCUCUCUCUCUCUCUCUCUCUUUCUUUCUUUCUUUCUUUCUCUCUCUCUCUCUCU